GCUGUUCCCCAAGGUGGUGGCGCUAGCUCGGAAGCGAAGGCCUGGCUGCUGGGGAAGGGCCCGCGCCGCUCUCGCCCCCCCCCCCCGGGGCCCUAGGAUGGUAAAAUGACCCAGGGGGGGAAGAAGAAGAAACGGGCCGUGAACCGCAGCAUCAUGCUGGCCAAGAAGAUCAUCAUUAAGGACGGCGGCACGCCUCAAGGAAUAGGUUCGCCUAGUGUCUACCAUGCUGUCAUAGUGAUUUUUUUGGAGUUUUUUGCUUGGGGACUUUUGACAGCACCUACUUUGGUGGUGUUACAUGAAACCUUCCCAAAGCAUACAUUUCUAAUGAAUGGCCUAAUCCAAGGAGUAAAGGGCUUGUUAUCGUUUCUCAGUGCCCCCCUCAUAGGUGCUCUCUCUGAUGUUUGGGGACGAAAGUCCUUCUUACUCUUAACGGUAUUUUUCACUUGUGCACCAAUUCCAUUAAUGAAGAUCAGCCCAUGGUGGUACUUUGCUGUUAUCUCUGUUUCUGGGGUUUUUGCCGUGACUUUCUCAGUGGUGUUUGCUUAUGUAGCAGAUAUAACCCAAGAACAUGAAAGAAGCAUGGCCUAUGGGCUGGUUUCAGCAACCUUUGCAGCAAGUUUAGUUACCAGCCCAGCUAUUGGUGCCUACCUUGGUCGAGUCUAUGGAAACAGCCUGGUAGUGGUCCUAGCUACAGCUAUAGCUUUGUUGGAUAUUUGUUUUAUUCUUGUUGCUGUACCAGAAUCACUGCCUGAGAAGAUGAGGCCAGCAUCAUGGGGAGCACCCAUUUCUUGGGAACAGGCUGACCCCUUUGCAUCACUAAAGAAAGUGGGUCAAGAUUCCAUAGUGCUGCUAAUCUGCAUAACGGUCUUUCUUUCCUACCUCCCAGAGGCAGGUCAAUAUUCCAGCUUCUUCCUGUACCUCAGACAGAUAAUGGGAUUUUCACCUGAAAGUGUUGCAGCUUUUAUAGCAGUUCUUGGGAUUCUCUCCAUUAUUGCACAGACAGUAGUUUUGAGUUUACUUAUGCGGUCCAUUGGAAAUAAAAACACCAUCUUACUGGGUCUGGGAUUUCAAAUAUUACAGCUUGCAUGGUAUGGUUUUGGCUCGGAGCCUUGGAUGAUGUGGGCAGCAGGGGCUGUUGCAGCAAUGUCUAGUAUUACGUUCCCAGCAGUAAGUGCACUAGUUUCACGAACUGCUGAUGCUGAUCAACAGGGUGUUGUUCAAGGGAUGAUAACAGGAAUUCGAGGAUUGUGUAAUGGUUUGGGACCAGCACUUUAUGGUUUUAUAUUCUACAUAUUCCAUGUAGAAUUGAAUGAACUCCCAGUGACUGAAACUGAAUUGGGAGGUAACGUGGCCACACAACACCAUUCGCAACAGAACUCCAUAAUUCCUGGACCCCCUUUCUUGUUUGGAGCAUGCUCUGUGCUGUUGGCUUUGCUUGUUGCCUUAUUUAUUCCUGAACACACCAAUCUAAAUGUACGGUCCAGCAAUUGGAAAAAACACAGUGGUGGUCAUGGUAAUCCACACAGUCCACAGGCCCCUGGUGAGGCCAAAGAACCUUUAUUGCAAGACACAAAUGUAUGAUGACAAAAUCCAGAAAAACGUUUUUAUAUUUCAUAGGUCUUGUUUCCAGUUCUGGAUAUACAUUCCAUUUACAUAAAAAAUGUAAUUUCUUAACAGUAUCUUAAAAAAUGUAUCUUUCUGCAUGAAAUUUGUAGGAACUACAGACAGGAACUGGAAAUUUCUCCAAAGACGUUACAAUUAAAUUAACUUGCUUUUAAAAAGAAGAAACUAAGCACUGGUCUCAUACUAUUAAUAUAAUUUAACCUUUUCAUCCUAGUUCUGAGACAAAAAGGAAAACAUAUUCAAGGUAUCAGCAUGUGUCCCUGUGUCCAUUUCCUUAAGGUGUAAAGCUUUAAUUCACUUCAUGCUAAGUCUCAAUGAGACAUACUAGCAUAUUUGUGGACCCAUUCAUUUUAUGUUGUAAAAUUUUGGGUCAGAUAGUACAAAGCCUUAAUGUAAAUGCACUCAAGUAAGGAAAAAGUGAAUUGGUUUCAUUUUAAAAUCACUGUAUAGGAGGUUUUAUUUUAAGUUUCUGCUAAUACAAAAUCAUGUGGUGAGCACACUUGCUGAACAAACAGUUAGUAUUUAGAUUAGUGGAUCUUUUGAGCCUACAAGAUUUUAAUAUGGGCUCUAAAACUCUGCUUUCUCAGAUACAGUUUAUACCACUAUUUCUGAUGUUUGUGUAAUUAUAAGGACCUCAAAACUUGAAUACACAAACUGAAAUAUAAGCUGAUAGCCUUGAAAAUGUCCGUGUGCUAUAUAGUGGCCUUUCAGGACUGGCUAGUAACUUUUUACUUUUACAGAGCUAAUGUUUUAGUCCUAAAUUUUCAGGGCUCUAGUACAGGAGAGAGAGCUUUAUAGUUACUGAUGUGAAUUUCUCUAAAAAUGUGUAUAUUUUGUGUCCAGUUGUAUUAUUUAAACAAGUAUUCCUUUGUAUAAAUUGUGCAUAAGGUAUAGUUUAAAAUGUUGUGGUUACUGCUUACUGGUUUUUUAACUUUGAACAUUCACCAUGGUUGACAGAGCUAAAGAUUUGUAAAUAUAUUGUUUAAUAAAUGAAUAUUUUAAUGAAUUUUU